GAGGUAAACGGAAAAAAGAAGCCAUAAAAUACAAACUUGAAUCUGUCAAAUAAUCUGUUUGUUGAUGCAAUAGAAUAAGCAACGUCAUUCUUAUUACUUCAUCUCUCUCACUCUCUGACGCUCUGUUCAGCGUGCACUGAGGAUAUGGCGGGUCGUAGGGACAAAGCGCAGUCGUUUCGCGGAUCUCGAAUCGCCAUAGCCAUUGUGAUCGGAGUUCUUCUCGGCUGUUUCAUCGCUUUAUUUUUCCCUCACGGCCUCAUCAAUCCCACUGCCUCCAUUGGUUCUUUGUCGUGUGAAUCCUCGGAGCGGAGUAAGAUGCUGAAGUCUGAAGUCGUAUCACUAUCAGAGAAGAAUUCCGAAUUAAAGAAGCAGGUCAGGGAUUUGAAGGAGAAGCUGCAACUGGCCGAACAAGGAAAAGAUAAUGCACAAAAGCAGUUUCUGGUUUUGGGUGAGCAGCAUAAAGCUGGACCUUUUGGUACUGUCAAAGCUCUGCGGACUAACCCGACUGUUGUCGCUGAUGAAUCUGUGAACCCAAGAUUGGCUGCGAUCUUGGAGAAAGUUGCUGUUCAGAAAGAGGUUAUAGUUGUGCUUGCCAAUUCAAAUGUGAAAGAGAUGUUGGAGGUUCAGGUUUCUAGCAUCAAGAGAGUUGGUAUGCUGAAUUACCUAGUUAUAGCUUUAGAUGACAAUAUUGAAGAAUUCUGCAAAUCAAAUGAUGUCCCAGUGUACAAGAGGGAUCCGGAUGCGGGUAUUGAUGCCGUUGGGAGAACAGGAGGCAAUCAUGCUGUCUCUGGGUUGAAGUUCCACAUCUUAAGGGAGUUUUUGCAAUUGGGUUAUAGCGUCCUUCUAUCAGAUGUUGAUAUAAUAUACUUACAAAAUCCGUUCAACCAUCUUUAUCGGGAUUCUGAUAUAGAGUCCAUGACUGAUGGUCACAAUAACAUGACAGCUUACGGAUAUAAUGAUGUCUUUGAUGAACCUGCUAUGGGUUGGGCACGUUAUGCUCAUACAAUGAGAAUAUGGGUUUAUAACUCUGGUUUCUUUUUUAUAAGGCCUACAAUCCCUUCAAUUGAGCUUUUAGACCGUGUGGCUGAUAGGCUAGCUCGGCAAUCAAACGCAUGGGACCAAGCUGUUUUUAACGAGGAACUUUUUUUUCCAUCACAUCCUGGAUACGAUGGGCUUCAUGCUGCCAAGAGAACUAUGGAUUUCUACAUGUUCAUGAAUAGCAAAGUCCUCUUUAAGACGGUAAGGAAAGAUGCGAAACUGAAGAAGUUAAAGCCUGUAAUUGUCCAUGUAAAUUACCACCCAGAUAAACUUCGAAGAAUGAAAGCAGUGGUAGAGUUCUACGUUAAUGGAAAGCAAGACGCAUUGGAUCCGUACCCUGAUGGCUCUGAGUGAUAGGAAUACAACACACUGCUGAGGAUCUCAUGACCUAUGGACGAUGGAUGGGCUCAUCGUUCACUUGUUGCGAAGUUACAUGAUACGGGUAGGUUAUUCCGAUAGUAUCUUCUGAGAAAAAAUGUUGAAUAUCUUUAUUCAGUCUCUUUGGUUUUACUUUUGCUUUGUAUUACUCGUGUAACUUUUGUCAAACUCUACAAGAACUUGAAUCAGUACGUUUGUGCUAUUUUAUGCAUACUGAACAAAUUAUGUUACUGUUUUUGUUGCUUUUCAUGAUAAAGAUAUUCCUGCAUAUUGUA